UCCAUCAUCAUUUUGUUGGUUUUGGUGGCAUCCAAACGCUAGCUUCAAUUAAUCAUUGUGUCAAUUUUUAUCACAAGAAGAAAAGAACCCCCAUUUUAUAUAAAUUUUAGUAAAUUUCUGGAUACAUCACAAAGUUGUUGAAUAAUGUCCAGGUGAUCAUCCCUGAAGAUGAUUAGAAUCUUGCAUCAUCUAAUUGCUUUCAUUUUGUAUUUCAUGAGGAGACUUAUUCCGGGCAUAUAUGUUUGUUUUCGAAUGCCUAAUGGUCAUAGCUUUUCAAGACAACAUAAUGUGUUGAUGAUCGAUUGAGAUUUAUAUUCAAACGGGGGGAUUUUAUUCGUUCAUAGCAUUGAAUAAGGAUAGAAAUUCGUCUGUAAAUAAUAUUCGAUAGUAGUCUAGUUCAAAUUAAUAUAUACACAUUUCUUGUUUUGGUUCUUUUCGAUUUAUUGUCUCCCUAGAUGAAGAAAGAAGUCCGUCAAAUGCACCUAAAAACAUUAGCCCUUUAUUUUUUGAUACUUGUAUGUGGUAUAGGGCUUGGGGCAACACUAAUCUUUUGUCUCUAUAGUAUACCCUUAACAUCGAAACCAAAACAAUAUUUCUCGUUCCAAGACUCCUCUAACGCCUUUGAAGAGCAACCGGGAAUCUACACUAUAAAGUCUGGAGGUCUUAACCAAAAAGAGAGCAGCACCCCCACGAACAAUAACAUCAUCAGCAACACUACCAACGAACACAUUAAAGAAAAACCGAAGGUAUCAGAACCACCACAGCCGUCUGUGUCAAGUGCAUUUUUACAUAGAAUGAAAGAUGAAGAGUUGUUUUGGAGAGCAUCAAUGGUUCCUAGAAUACGUACGCCACCAUUCAAGAAGAUACCCAAAGUUGCUUUCAUGUUCUUAGUAAGAGGAAGAUUGCCAUUGUCUCCACUUUGGGCUAGGUUUUUUCGAGGCUACAAAGGAUUUUACUCAAUUUAUGUUCAUACUCAACCAUAUUUCGUUGGUGAAGUGGCUCCGGAGUCUAUGUUUCAAGGCCGGAGAAUUCCAAGUGAGGUCGUUACUUGGGGAGAAAUAAGUAUGGUGGAAGCCGAGAGACGCCUAUUAGCUAGUGCAUUACUGGAUUUCUCUAAUGAAAGAUUUGUCCUCCUUUCUGAGGCUUGCAUUCCACUUUACAACUUCUCAACCAUCUACCCAUACCUCAUUAACUCAAAAAAGACAUUUGUCGAGUGUUAUGAUAAGGAAGGGCCAGUAGGGCGCGGACGAUACAACAAUCACAUGGAACCAGUGGUAACGUUACGACAAUGGAGAAAAGGGUCUCAGUGGUUUGAAGUUGACCGUCACCUAGCGUUAGAGGUCAUCUGCGACAAAAAGUAUUACCCUUUAUUUCGAGAUUACUGCAAACCCGCUUGUUAUUCAGAUGAACACUACAUUCCGACGUUAUUGAAUAUAGAGUUUCCACUUGAGAACUCAGACCGAACGUUGACUUAUGUUGACUGGUCGAAAGGCGGACCACAUCCCUACAAGUUUGGAAAAUGGGAGGUUUCGGUGCCUUUGUUGAGACAAAUGCAGAAUGGAACCGAGUGUUUGUAUAAUGGAGAGCCCACACGGGUGUGCUUUUUAUUUGCUAGGAAGUUUGUACCAAGUGCUUUGUUUAGGUUAUUAGAACUUGCUCCCGAGAUAAUGCAUUUUUGAAGUUAACAUGUACUCACAUCAUUCAUUUUUAAUCAAAUGCAAUAUAUAUUCUUUGGUUUU